AUGUAUGUAAUCCUGGAUACUGAGGCUCGGGGACUCAGAAGCAGCAAAGUGCUUGUGCAGGGGCAGAACACGGGUCCUGUCAAUGUCACAGCCUAUCUCAGCGAAGACGGCUACGGGUCGCACCAAAUCAGGGCAAAGAAGGACUUUAUUGUGAUUGAUCCCUUCAACGUCAUUCCCGAAGCCAAGCAGAUUGUGUUUCCGCUGGGCGACGUCCAGUACCACUUGUUCAAGCGUGACCACGAGGUGAUCAUUCCUGAUCCACAAUAUUUGUGGGAAGUGCAUGACGAGAACAUCGCCCACGUGAGCUUUGAUGGAGAAGCCCACGGCAUGACUGUCUUGGGCACCACCAGCUUUGAUGUCGUCGAUGCCUUCAUGCAAAUCAACAACGUCACGCGCGAGGUCGAAGUGAUUGCGCCCGAGACACUGAGCACAUCACUCAGACACGUAGCCACGGAAGCCAUUGACGAAUGCGACACCACAUUACAUCUCAACAGCCACGACCCGUGGUUUCUCCUGGAGCACCACGCCUACGACUGGACCGUCAGUGUCUGUGCAG